AUGAAUAAUGCAGAAAAUAAUCAUACCAAUGAGAUAUCUGAUAGGUUAAAUCAAAUGUCUCAUUUAAUUUGUAAUCAUAAAAGUGAAAUUAUGAAAGUAAACGAAAUAAUUACAGAAGCGGUAGAUGUUUUAUAUAAUUUUGCUGUAAAUGAUGAAGAUUAUUAUAAAUAUAGUACAAUUGAUGAACAUUCAAAUUUGUAUUUUAAAAAAGUUAAUAAUACUGAAGUUGGAAAAAUAGAACUUAUUUUUCCAGAUACAUCAAAAUUGGAAAAAAUAAUAGGAAUAAUAUGGGAUGAAAAUGGUGCAAGAAAUUUCGAUCCUCACUUCAUAGAAGGAAAAAUUAUUCGUAUAUAUGAUCAAAAUUUAAUUUUAGUACAACAAAGUUAUAAAGGAACUUUAGGAAAAGAAGGAAGAUAUUUUUAUAUUUUAGCACACAAAAAAAAGAUAAAUAAAAACACAUAUUUAAUAGCAUGUCUAUCAUUAAAUAUUAAUGAUAAUAAUAAAAAAUGCAAUAUUCCUUUCACUAAUCCAUUUAUUAAUAGUGCAAAUUCUUUUACACUUGAUAUUGAAUGUGAUGAAAAAAUUAAAAAUUCUUCAUUGAGAAAAAUGCAUAUUAAUUUAUCUGGAUAUUUUAUCAAAAGAGAGGAAAGCUACAUUAAGCUUACUUACAUUUCUUCUAUCGAUUUGGGAACCUCUUCUCUUAUUCCUCAAUUUAUUAUUAGAAAAAUUAAAGCAAAUAAAAUGUUACUAUUAAACUUAUUAAGAAAAAAUAUUUAA